UCAUCAGUGCCCAGCAGUGCCGCCCACCUGUGCAGUGCCCACCUGUGCCCAUCCGUGCCAUCCACCUGUGCCCAUCAGUGCCAUCACCUGUGCCCAUCAAUGUCACCCACCUGUUCCACUCAGCAGUGCCACCCACCUGUGCCCAACAGUGCCACCCACCUGUGCCCAACAGUGCCACCCACCUGUGCCCAUCAGUGCUGCCCACCUGUGUCACCCAUCAUGCCACCUAUCAGUGCCCAUCAGUGCUGCCUAUCCAUGCCACCUCAUCAGUGCCCAUCAGUGCUGCCUAUC